GACGAAAUUAAGCGAAAUUUGCUUGUCAUCGGAAACGAAAGAUCUCUGUUUCCUUGAUGUUGCCUUUAUAGUUCCGCGUGUAAACAAGGAAUGGUGUUAAUAUCGUGAAAGGAUUACCUAUUGGUCUUUGUAAAAGAUGACAAAAGACGAUCUGGCCGAUGGCACAGUUUCCUCUCUCUUUGAAAUAUGUUUCAAAACCUCUCUGAAGUACCUCGAAUCAUCUCAGCUUCCAAAGAAUGAGAGCCUCUUUCUGCCCGAAGAAGUCUGCCAAGCACUUAUAUCCCAAAAGAUAAAGAUGGGAACUUGCAGCGAUGAUUUUAUUGCUAAAUUUUUUGCUGAUGUGCAAACGAGUCGAAUGACUAGAGCUAAUCUUAGCGGUACAGCCAUAACAGACGCGGGCGUCGAACUGAUCUCUCGUCAUUGUCUUCGAGAAGUGGAUGUUUCAAAGUGCGAGGCGUUAACAUCCAAAUCAAUCGAAUUCCUGCUCCGUUGUAAAGAUUCCCUCGUUUCUUUGAACGUUUCUUAUUGUCGCCAGAUUAACUACUUAAGUGGUCUGCGAGAUUUUACUAAACUUAAGAGUCUGGAUUUGUCUCGGACAUUUAUCGAUCAAAGAGAAUUUGAUUCCUUAUGUACACUGGUUCAUCUCAGAAGAUUAAAUAUUAGUGGCACACAUAUUUCAUCCCUGGAGCCCGUGAGAAGCAUGUGUUCUCUAACUUCUCUGGAUUUAUCGAACUGUGAUGAUCUUGAGAGCGUUGAACCUCUGGCAGCUGUUAAGGGGUAUGACUUGUAUCUCAUUUGUCAAGUGACACCUAGACGAUACUCACAGGCCCUGUUGUCCAAACGUUGGUUAGCGCUAUAGCUUUCCACUGGACAAAUUACUAUCCAGCAGAUAAAUGUUAGGAAAAUCAAUACUAUUGCAUUAUUUGCUGAAUAGUGAUUUAUCCAGUAUAUAAACAUUAUCCACGUUUUGAACAACCAGCGCUAGGACUUGGGACUUGCCAUUAAUAAUCCACACCCCUCUUAAGGAUGGCAACCCGGGGGGGGUACUGCCAUAUAUGGGCUAUAUGGGUACGUGCCGCUGUGAAGGGUAUGGUUUUCAAGCAGUUUACUCUAGGAUAGGGUAUGUAAAUCAGAGCGUUUGGGUCUAGAAUAGGGUAUCAUUUUUCAGGAAACUGAUCAGUUGGUUGAAGUUUUUAUCUAGACUGGGGAAACAGCUACUCUAGGAUAGGGGGAUUUUGGGAGUUUACUCUAGUAUAGGGUAGCAAAAUUCAGCUGAACUAGCUCUGGUAUAGGUCAAGGGUUCCAGGGUCCCAGCGGUACAUCCCCACCCAGAAAUUCCUAAAGUGCCCCCCCCGGGGAUGGCAAGCUUUUGAAUAGGGUGGUUUGAACAUUUUCGUUGAGGAAGCUGACAAAAUCUGCACCCUUAUGAUAUUAUUUUAGAUGUCCUCCAAAAAGUAAACCCUUCAGAGGGUGCUAACAAAAAAUUGAGGGUUCAAAUUCCUGCCAUCUGUAGAGGGAUUGCUGAUUAAAAAAUAUGGAACAUUCUUUAUAAGGGCCUCAAAGUGGUUCAUCAUGGUCUGUAGCAUUUUUCAGCUCCUCUGCUUUUAAACGACCACGGCAAAAAUGGUAUUAAACUACCGGUAGUAAUAACCAAAGUUUAGGGAGUGUGGGCGAAAACGAUCGAAGGUCAAAAUGCUUUUGCUCCAUCCCUGUGCUUUGCAUAAGCUUUACGUGACAGAUAGUCAAAACAGGCAUGAUCAGAUUAUAAGGGAUAGAAGGUCGAGACCCUUGUGAUCAAAUUGCGUUCUGUGCAUUCCAUUCAUUCUUAGUGGAAUUUCAAACGAAUGCUGGCUACCUACAUGUGACGUAUGUGUAAUGAAAACCUGCAGAUUAGGAUUGCGGGCGACAAUAGGAGCCCGCAACAAAUGCUCAGUGAUUAGUGAGAGAGUUGUAGCCAUUUUUUGGCCUUUUGGCCAUUGACUCGAUAUGAGUUAUCCCUGUGUUGUCACUCCGAUAUUAAGCAGAGUGGCAGAUCCAGGGGAGAAGCCUGGGGGGCCCAGGCACCUCUUAUUUGAAGUCCAAACUGCAGCCUGAAGGGCCGCAAAAUUUUUUUUCCACUUUAUCAUCAUUAUUCAGGAUAUUUGCUUACACAUAUACUGGAAUUAAAUUUAUUUUUGUUUAAAGGACACUGUGCUGGCUGUCACUGUACAACUGUAGAAAACUGGACGCGGUUGAAAUGUUAGUUACACUGCAACAACUAAUGCAGUUGCAGCACCUUGAUUUGUCAAGAGAUGAUCCCGAUGAAUCUGUGUGGUUUCAAUCAUUUAUGGAAUCUAUGGUAGUGCUGGUGGAUGAGGAGUUUUUGGAAGAAUUACUGCCUUGUCUUCCAAAUCUAACCUCACUGGACAUUUCAGGUCAGAUUAGGUUUAACUAAAUUGUCACACAGGAUAAAGACUGUGCUAGAAGCCCAUGGCCCCUGGCUCCUAACUUUUGCCGCAGGCAACAAACAAAUCUCAGUUUUUCAUAGAAAUCUUAUGCUGGGUCCCCUGGAUUUCUCAGGUUCAGAGCACUGGGCUCCCUUCAAUUUUUCUUACGCAGUGCAGCCUUACAGAAUGAUUAAAAAAGACUAACAAUAUUGAUAUUAGCCGUAUUAGCUUUUUAGCUUUUGACUGCAGGUAAAAUCAGUUAACCCCCAUUGGCUAUUUUAAUGCUAGAGACCUUAAAAUCAUCUAGACACAUUUAAAAUUACAGAUGUUAAAGGGAACUGGUGUAAAAAUGGAAUGUAUGAAAGAAGACAAUGACAUGGAAAAAAAACAGGGUUUUCUGCAAAAAAGACAAACCACUGACUCUCCCCAGUCAUCUCUGGAGAAGCUGGGCACGAAUGUGUCCCAAUUACAGUGUCCCAUUUUUUACCAGACUCAUUUAAUGUCUGAGAAGUUAAAGUCAACUGUGAAGUAGUCUGAAUGAUGCCCUUUAAUAACAGAAAAUGUUAAAGUUGUCAUACGUAAUGCAUCUGUCUUAUUUACCAUUUUUAUACUAGACGUUUAAGUCAACGUCCCUAGCAUUAAAAUAGCCAUUGUCACAAGGAAGAUGCAAUGCUUUUUCGCAGGCAGACCUUAUCAAUUUUUUUACCUUAAAUUCAUGACACGACUUAUUCAAGGGCGGUGUUCCUUUAAGUGAAUCAGAAAUUUUCCUUUCCUUGUUUUCACCAGGUAAUGCAAGGUUCAAGUUUGAGCACUUUCAGCUGUUUCGUCAACACUGCAAACAGAGGCUUCAGUUUCUUGGAUUAUUUCAGACUGAUAUGUACCGUUACCGAGAAAUUCCUGCUGAACAGGUCAGCAAUAAUUUCUUACAAUUGCUCUCCUUUCCAGAGCUGUCAAUAGGUCAGAAAAUUAUGGCAAUUAUUUUGAAAAAGUUUAAGUCAAGACAGUGACUAGUGUAUGUGCCAGAGUGAAGCACAUAGAAACCCUGCCAGGUCUUGUGGUUUAUGCACUGGACUUUUAAUCGGAGAUCAGGGUUCGAGUGUUGGUUGUAAGUGUCGUGUUGUUUUCUUGGACAAAAAACUUGGCUUCUCUCUUCACCAAGGUGUAUACUAUUUCAUUGCAAAUAGGCUAUUUACUGUUGGGGGAAUCCUGUGAUCCCAGGGGGCAACUCUUAUAUAAACAUGACAGAGAUGCUUGUUGAAAAACUAGAAUUUUAGUCCAGAGGAGACCCAUCUGGAUGUAGCCUGCCGCACAGACGAAACUAAAACUCUGGGUGAGUCUGUCUGCAAGCCAGAGCCAGAAUUCCUUUUUCUUGGUCCCCAGCUGUGUACCAGGAUUUGAGUAUGCACCGUGGUUGUCCUGUUAAAAAAGCCAUUGUCAAUUAGCCAAUCAGGUUGGAGGGAAAUUCAAAACACACUUCUGGUAAUUUGUUUAACCUGUUGGGUGCCUAGAACUAAGGAUUUUGGUACUUCUUUGCAGAUGUUAUUAGCCGUAGUUAGAUUAGGUCUGCAUUGCAGGCUAAUAUAAAUGUGGCUUAGAAGUUUGCUCUACUGUAAACAGACAGCCAAAAAUAAGAGCUAUAGUGAUUUUCAUUGUACUGUAUUCAACACAGUAUGAUGGCGCAUGGCUUGUGUUAUAAAUAAUUUUUUCUGCACAGUCUUAGGCGAUAGUUGUAUGGGUAAAAAAUAAUGUUGGCUUUCCAUCCCGAGACCAGAAUUUGCAAUUCACGUUUCUAAAAAAGAUGACAAGCAUCCUCAUCUUUUUCAUGUGGGAGUACCCCCCACUGCCCUGGGCAUCUGCCAUGCAGUACCUCAUAGGACAGGGGAUGUACCAAACUGAGAUAAUUUCCUGCCAAAUGCACCUUACCUUAACUUACCAAUGGCAAAAUAGAGUAUUCCUAUGGAGCCCCAUCAGGGAAAUUCUCAAGUGUCCCCUGCUCCCCUCCCUGCAACCCACAUUGUACAUUUAAAAUCAUUAGAGUCCUAUUCUAAGAAAUUGAUCCAUAGAAAUCACCAUACAUGAUUUAGAGAUGUAAUGCCUUCAACUCUUUAAACAUUUAUGUAGGUGUCAGGAAAUGCGAAUCUCAGUCAGAUCACUCUGUCAAUGGAGGUUUACAAGAACAGGCCCAAGUUUCUGAUCAGUGCUUUGCAAGAACUGUUUUCCAUCAUAAGGCAAAGGGAUCAUGACAUGGACAUUAACUCAAUUUGCAGAGUAAGCCAUUGAUAGCUCUUAUAGAAGGUCUGACACAAUGAACACAGCAAACCAAAAAGUGCAAUAUUAUUUUGCUUCAUUUUCUCCGGUUUACAAAAAAGCCAACCCAACUUUUUUUACCUUCUAUUUCACCAAAGCAGUUUAGUGUUUCUUAAGUGACAUGGAAGGCAUGCACAUGCAAAAAUCCAAGAAAUUAUAAGCCAAAUGAAAAAUCAAUCUUAAAUCAACAAACUGGUACAUUCAUCAUUCCCCCAAUUUUCUAUUUUAUAAUUACGGCUUUUUAGUCUAAAAUUCAUUUUAUCUGUUUUCUGAACAGCUUGUCUUAGGUUCCAUGGAAAAUCAUUCUUCAGAGAAAAAGAUUCAACUUGCUGGAAGGUGAGUCUGAACCUGUAUUCAUGAACCCUUGGUCUUUUUUGACCUUCCAGUGAUAUAUUUUCCAGUCAAAAUGAGUUAUGAAUUAUUCAUAGUGGCUGGAUACAGGCCAUUACAUGUAGAUAGUCUACUCAAUACAUUUGUAACCAGGAAGGGGAGGACGGAUGCCCCUGUUUUCCUUUAAACAGGUAAAAAUAAGUGGAUUGCUCAAACAUUUUAAAUGAUCAUGGAAUAGUUUUAGAGGUUAAAUGGCUUUUGGUAAAAUGACCAACAGGACAGAAAUUUCAUUUUGAGUCAUGUAUUCAUUUAAUUAGCCUGUGUGCAGAUGUCUCCUAUUUCCUUUGUUGCUCAAGGAAAAAGAAUAUCUGUGUAAUGAUGUUGCUUAAAUAUUAUUGUUAGUAUUUCUAAUUUAUUUAACCAUAAUUUAUAUUUGAUUGCAAUUGGCCGUUCCUGUAAAGUGACAUGAAUAAGCUGCUCCGAGCCUUACUUUAAAUUUAUGAAGUGUGUGUGUUUUGUUUUUCAGUGCUUCCCUGUAUCAUCUAUCAAGAGAUGAUGAUGACAAUCCUAACUGGCAGCUGUCCAUGGAGUUAAAAAGGUAGUAACAUGUACUUGUAAAGAAAACAGCAAAUUUAAGAGGAAAAUGUCAGUAAUUUGGAGAGUUGUCAUAGGUGAUGAUUUAGUGAAUAAAACUUCUCCUCAUCUCCUUCAGACGUGUCAUUGAAGCCACUCUGAAUGCCAUGGAAAAUCAUGUUAAAGAGGCUCAGGUGUGUAAACUGAUUUGAAAACAUUACUAGAAAUAAUAAGUAAAUCAUAUAACAAGUUAUUGUUGUGAUACGAUAAGAACAGUUAAACUAGUUUUAGGUGACAAGUGCAUAAGCCAUUAAAAUUAUCAUGCAAUGGUCAGUGACAAAGGUGAACCAAGGCCUAUCUUGCCUUUCCCUUUCCCCUUAAGGUCUGGCACCAGUUGUUUAAAAGGUGGAUAGCACUAUCCACUAUAUAAAUCUCUAUCCAGUGGAUAGUGCAAUUGGUUUCCCAAGAAGAGGAAUUCAUCAAGAGAUUUAUCCGAUGGAAAGCUCUAUCCAGCUUUUGAACAACUGGGGCCUGGAUGAGAGUAGAAUUGUAUCAGUACAUUAAACUAUCAAUGUAUUUGCAUUGUGGGUGCUGUGAUAACUAUGCAUUGAUCGCAGUUUCAACAAUCCAAUACAGCAGAGAUGUAGCUAAGGAAAAGAUAAGCAGGCUAAUUUAUUAGUCAAGCCAGCUUUUUACUCAACUGCAUCUCUAAAAUUCCCCGAUGUCUUUGUUUUCAUUUUUAAUUUGAGCUGGUGGUAAACCCUUUUUCAGCCAUUGAAAUUAACUGACAGCCGGCUCUUAGCGACAUCCCUGCAACAGUUUUUUACCAUUAAUAAAUUGUCAAUAGUUAUGAAAGUUCUCAAGUUAUGUCCAGUGUUCCUUUUUCUUGAUUGAAAAAUGCUUCUCAUGUUCUCUGUUAGCUCUCUGUCCAGUUCACUGUUUUGUUUUAUUGUUUCUUGAAUUCAAGGAAAAAUGUUACAUUUUUAAAAACAAACUUUAUUUAUCUCCACAGUCUUUUCCAGAUUUCAAAUGUUUGAUGAUUUGGAGAUUUUAUGCAUUAGGAGUUCAAUAAUAAAGGCAGUCUUAAAGAUUCGUGUUAUAGUUACAUUGUUGAAUUCAAAUAUGCAUGGCUUGAUAGCAGUAUUUUUCAUUGAAAUACUGUGUUCUGUAUUUUUUUUUAUUUUAUUAGUUACAGAAGAACUGUUGCCUAACUCUCUGCAACUUCAGAAUUCCAGAUGAAGUGGUAAGCAGUUUUUUUGUAAACCGCUUUUUCGGCAUUAAUUCUCUAAAUACAACAAGUGUGGUGUUUACAAUAAUUUGCCAAGUUCGUGGAUUAAUUUUCCAGAUUUUUAGUGUGACCAUUCCAUGAUAUCAUUGCUUGCAAACAGUAAUUGUCCCUCCAUAUUGCACACGUUAAGAAUGUUUUAGAUUUUCUCUUCAGCUCUGUAAGUAGUUUGCUCAAACUUUUGUCUUUGCUCAUGAAGUUAGGUUUAACGAUUCAAUUAAUACCCAUGCUCCAGCUCACUGUUCAUGCUGACUGUACUGCACAAGAUGAUUCAAGCUUUUAACAGUUUUCUUGAGUUCAAACAUGUGCAUUUCUUUGUACAUUAUCUCAGUUAGUCAUGUCUCAAGCAGAUGGUUAAGUCAUUGCAAUUGCUUCGGUGAGGUAAAAUUCUUGGGAGCCACAACGGCUUGUGCUAAUUUAAUUACAAUUAAGUAUUUUAAAGCAAGCUAUUUCCACUCAAAUCUUGAAAGCUGAACUACAUUGGCGGCAUCUGUGUCUCCUGUAGUUUCUAAAAAGUAGUUUGGGUUAAUGUUUCCUUCAAACUGACAAGGAAUAGAAGGAGAAAAUACCAACAGUUUCACCACUGCGCAAUGAAGGGAUUAUUAAUUUGAACCAAGACAAAGUGUUAAUGAUUUAGCCAUCAUGAUAUGACAACUUUUGUAAAAACUGUAGAUAGUGAUGCAGCCAGGAUUCAAACCCUCGUGGCAACAUCCCACUCAUCACGCUGGAGCUCUACCAGUGUAUAUUUCAUUGUUUGUUUGUUUUUAUUUAAAAGCUUUUUGGUUUUACUUUCAGAGUUGUAAUUGUAAAAGAAUUGUUGAGCUGUUGUUGCGGGCGGCCUUGGUGCAUCAUGACGACUUUAUACAAAGGACUGCCAUUGCCCUAUGUAACCUUCUGGUGUGUCAGGUAUGUAGUGCUAGAAAUUUAGUAUUAUGGUAUGUUCAAACCUGGGAGCAGUGAGGGCCCAGUGGUGAAAACGCUUGCCUUGCACCAAGAUGGCGUAGGCUCAAGUCUUGGUGUCAACAAGGGUGGAUUGAGUUUGUUAUUUGCCCUCUUCUAGAGCUGCUUUCGGAGGUUUUUCUCCAGUUUUUCCCUCUCCUCAAAAACCAACAUUCCAAAAAAAAUAAAUUCUAUCUGGAAAUUGUCUCCAGUUAGUUCAGAUUAGAGGGCCACAAGUUUAUUAGUCCUUGAAACUGUCUAUUGUCACCCUCUCUAAAUGAGAUAAGACAGUUAUUAUUAUUAUUAUUAUUAUUAUUAUUAUUAUUAUUAAAUUUUAUCAAUUAUUAUUAUUGUCUGAUGUGGUUUAAUAUAGUUUUACUAAGUUUUCUUGUAUUUACAUGUACUUAUGUAGGUGCAAGACUCCCAAAAGAUUAUAGUGGGUCGAGACCUGCAAGGAGUCGAGGUAUUUUUAUCGUUUACUAUUAAGUUAGAAUAUUAAAGGUAAAGUCGUGAAGAAGCAUAGCGUAGUAUUUGUUCCUCUAAGUUUGUUUUGGUUCAUGUAAAACCUGGAAAGCGACAAAAAUUAAUAGUAUUUGACGGUAUUUUUGUGAAAAUUAUGGUUCAAAACGUUUUUUUGUCAACAUUUUUUGUCUUGCAGAAAAUCCUGAAUAUUAUGCGAUACAAGAUGGGAAACAAUCCGGUAUGACUCUCUCCUAAAAAUGUUGUAGACUUUGUCUCAAAAUAUUUUACUCAUUGGUUUUUAAACACUUACGGCUUUUUCAUGACCCAUGAAUCACCAGGGAAUACUUAAGUUUUUGGUUAUUCUUUUAGGCGUCUGGUGGUGUUCUUGAAUGCUGUUGGAGUGCAUUGUGGAAUGUUACAGGUAAAAAUAACAUUGUGUCAGGAGAGAAAAAUCUGACGAUUUAUGAAGGAAGGAAACUGUUACAUUUAUUUCUUCCCUUGUUUGCAGAUGAAACUCCAGAAAACUGCUCGUUGUUCCUUUCUAACCGUGGUUUAGAGCUCUUUAUGAGGUGUAAUAACGUGAGUAGUAACAAUUACUUACGAGAGGUAUCUUCUAGUUCAGUAGUACACACGUGUAUGAGGGAAAAGGGCUGUAAGUUUGACUUCACAUUGCCCGAUUUUAGACGAAUUUCAACCCUGGCUUGGGUUCUUUUGUGUAAUGUAGUAAAAUAUUAUGCACUGUGUUUAUUUUUUUUCUUUACAUUGUUCUUGGUAAGCACUUUUAUAUUUCAAACGUUUUUAUUACUCAACUUAUUUGUAUUUCCUUUUUCAAGUAUUCUUGUCUCUUUUUAGCGGCUCGUAAGUUCCCUUAUCUCCGCGCCAUUUUCUCCCACUUUUUUACUUGUCCUCAAGCCCCAUCUCUACUGCAACAUUCAAGUCUACCGAAUACUCCUUUUUCGUUAGUAUUCAAAGCACGUUUGCUUUUCCUUUCUUUAACAGGAAUUGAGUGAUCAGCGGGAUUUAGUGCGAAACAUGCUGGGACUCAUGGUAAGCUGUUACGCUCUUUUUUUUAUAUAAGAAUGUUGUUUUUCCGGCCCAGGCUGAAUAUUCUUAUUUUUCUGCCGAUUUUAGGCUGAAAGGGGGCAUGAUUAUUCUUAAAUUUCGUUUGUAUUUUCCGUUGUAGAAUUUAUUGGGACAUUUUUUCAAUUAAAGUUUUUUGGAAUAAGAUUGUAUCGCGUUAAAGAAGAUUCUCCAUCGCUUUUCGUUGGUUGGAGGUUAAAGAUGUCGCGUCAAACUAGUUUAGCCGUUAGAAAUUUGGUCUUUUUCGCCGUUUAGAGAAAGGAAUAAUUUUAUACGGUUAAGUUGAAAACAUAAAAUUGUAUUGUUUUUACAGAUGUUUCAACACAAAAUUAUAUCUAUCCUUUUCAAAAUCUCAGCCUCGGCUUUAUUCUUAAAAUAUUCGCAAAUUUCAGCCUCGAUAUUCUUAUAAAAUAUAUUCUUAUGAAAAAAAAAGAGUGUACAAGCAAACAUCACUGGAAUUGCGAUUCUGAUAUAAAAUGGCGGGGGGAAAAACAGUGCCAUUGGAUAACAGUAUCAAGGAGUUUCGUUUGUCCUUACAAAGUUGCUCAAGUUUCAGUCAGUCGUCAAACUUCACUUGUGCCGAACCUAACCCUAACGAGUCAUCAGCAUUAGUUUCGGCACAUAGGAAUUCGACGACGUAUAUCCUCAAAUCUCUUCGUCAACGCUUGUUGUACUACGACUGCUUUUUCACCGCUAACUUAGCCUGCGAACAGGCUUCCGAUUAUCUCUACCCACAGCCAGCCUGUUGACACUGACUACUUAACCUCGUCCGGGAAAAACGGAGUUGAAAAAAAGCUGCAUACUCUCUUGUGUUUUGCAUUUAUCGAACUAUCUAUUCGUUGUUCAACUCUUAGUUUUAUGUCGGCCACGUAAUAGUUUCCUCCUGUGUUUGUUCUUGAUGCCCUUGAGCCACAAGAAGCUAAGUCUUAGUACUCGUCGUUGAUCCAAAAGCCCUGGAUUGUUGCAUAUGAAGAUCUAGUUUUUUUGAACUGAUUGUUUUUUUGUUUGUUUGUUUGUUUUAUGUUCUUUUUGUUUUGUUUUUAGGGCAACGUGGCGGAAGUCCCUGAAUUGAGGCCUCAGCUUAUGACGUUGGCUAACGUGUUCUAGUAGGUUCAUUCGCUGCUUAAAGGAACUGUGUCUUGAAUGUUAUUAAAAUUCAAACAGUGAAGACCGCCAUCAAACUGAGAGAAACAUUUUUAAUAACUGCUCAAAACUUGCAAAGAAGGUAUGAAUAACACAAAAAAUACAAAAGGAGGCCCAAAUGGACAAACCUGAAGAAGAUUGAAACGGAUUACAACUGUGGUUUUCGAAACCUGGUUAGCCUGACAGUUUUUCAAAGUUCAUUUUUGUUGUUUGUAAAGUUUGAUAGUAUGGAGACAUAUUUGUUUGACUCUGAACUUUAAUUUUGCCAUUCACAAGUAAUUUCUCAAGUUUCAUAGCGAAAAAGGAGGACACAUAAUUGGCGUUAUCAACAAAAUGAACUAGACAACCGUGACAUGGCGCCUUUUAAGCUUGCCUUCAUUUUUAAUGCAGCGGUUUUUUUUUGUGAUUGGCUAAAACUGAGUAGUUUGGUGUUUUUUCCAGUGAUUUGUUACUGAAUAACAAUCCAAAUGAACUGGAAGUGACGUACAAUGCUGGUGGGAUCAUCAGUCAUCUGGCAUUUGACGGGCCAGACUGCUGGACAAACACUGUAGUGACACGCGAAGAGGCGCUUCGAAGACUGGUAAGCUGUGCUUAGUGGCGUAUUUGAUAAACUGUUAAACUGUACAGCGUGGUAAAGCAUUGGUAAAGCACGCAUAACAACCUUGUUCCCAGGGUCCUCUCCUACUCGGCCCCCGGGGCUCCAGUCACUGGAAACGAAGUUGCACGUGUCAGUGGAAGUCCAGGCAACGUCAGCUGCGAUGACAGCGCGGACACCCCAGAAUGAAUGGCUUAAUAAGAAAAAACGAAUACAUGUAUAAUGUACACCGUCUAUCCGACUAACGAGCAUUAGGCGUGCACGUGAUAAAAACAUGCUAGUACUACUAUGCGCAGUGAAAAAAAGCACACACACAAAGCAAACACGUGAUUGGUAGUGGUUAUAUUCUGUGAAUUUUGCGGAAGUUGUUGAUGUUGUUUUUAGUGUCUGUACCAGCUAGAAAAGAAUUCUGGCGUUUAUGUAAGUAUCAGUUUGAGUUAGGGUGCGAAAGUGUAUUGUAUCUCUUUUUGUUUCGUGAGGGCCUUACUUCUGAUUAGAAAGGGGUAAACUGGAAUAAUAACAACAACGAAAACUUCAAAGUAAAGAAGAUCAUCGAAUAUUAUAGACGCAACUUUUGCAGUUGCGAAAAGAAAACCUGACAAAAAUAGGGCUUGUACGGAAUUAGGCCUCUUGAGCACUCCGAUAUCGGUGCUGAGCUGGCCAUUUAGUUGGUUUGUCCCGCAGUUCUAACAUAUGAUUUUCACAUAUUCAUUACUUCAAAAAUGCAAAAAAUAGCAAAUUAAAAAAGUAAAGAUUAAUCCUAGAAAACAAGUGAUUAGUCAAACAUGAUUAGAGCUUGUAAGCACAAACGGGGUGUCCGUUUUAGCGGGGUGUCCGCGAGGCGAGAAUUGACUGUACAGUAAUUUCCUAAACUUUUGUUGAUUUACUCGCCUUUUUAGGAGGAGAUCAUUGAGACUUGGGACAUACGAACGCGACGUCAGAUGAGUUAUCGGUAAGAUACUUUCCGAACUGUGAAAGGGUGGUAUAAUUAUGCCAGGGGCUGGGUUGUUUGCAAAAUCUCAGCGCGUAUAAAUUUGGUUUAAUUUUCAGAAGGUAUCCUUAAGUCUGACUUUUGUGUUUGCUGAAGUCACUUUGCGAAAAAGGGCAAGGAAAUAGAGAGAAAAUUUUAGUCUCCUUACUGCACAUGUAGUUUAAGGAGUUUUAGACCGCUUAUACAUAACUUCAAUUGACAGUUUCAGGACUUUCAAGCAACGUUCUUAGCGUUGGACACUUGCUAAUUCUGUUACUCUUAGACAGACCAAUGAACCAAUCAGAGCUCGAAUAAAAUGAUCGUGCGAAGGGCGUCAAGCGUGAGAAUGCACUUAAGAUCGAGUCACGUUUGAUUUUGGUGUGACCUUUCAUUAACCAAUCAAAUGUCACAAAAAGGUAGGGAAGCUUUCUAGAUAACCAAUCAGAAAGUUUAAUAAUGAAAAUCUGGUUCAAGCGGAAGUGAGUUCACACCGGACUUUUCACUGAAAAGUCCAGUGUGAACCCACGUAAUAUGACUUUGAUAGUCGCAAGAAGUAGUCUUAUAUUCUAAUUCGCUACCCCGCUCAAACGAAUAUAAAACAUAUUUAUCAUGUAACAAGCAACCUCAAUUGGGGUGUGUCAACACGAGCCGUGUGCGACCCUCUUUAUUAUGCCUUCAUCAACAGAAUGGAUGGAAAUAAUACAACAAACAGAAUGAAAACUCGGAAAUGUAAAAAAAAUUAUAGCAAGAAAAACAACCCAACAAAAUGAUCUAAACUAUCCUCGCAUAACAAUGAUUCAGUAAACAUACAAAACGUGCUAAACCUUUCAUAAAGCAGCAUGCAAAAAACUACGUCUAAGAGAAACCCCUGAUCACUGGGUAUUUAAUUUUGAGGGCGUAGGGACGGUCGUAAGACGCGAAUGAAUAUAAAUGAGAACAACUCAAAUAUAUAUAGCCUACCGCUAAUGAAGCAUCAGAACAGCAUACCAUGUAACACCCCAAAGAAAAGGUUACAUAACCCAUGAUAAAUACAUAUCCCUCUUGCACACGGUGUGAUUCUAAACAUGCGGUUCAAAGAAUAACUCUGUCGUUAUGAUUAGACAUGGCUCACUUUUCUUAGCUUCAACAGGGUUGAACUGAAACUCUCCCUUGAUUUCCUUUUUUUUUUCUUCUAGCUCUUUUGCUCCAAUAUUGAGGUUGAUAUCCGGAUGUGACGUAACCGCCAUACACCAUUGGGCUACGUGGGCAUUGGCUAACUUGUGUAAUGUUGAUGGUAAGUACAUUUGGUGGUUUAAGCGUUGUCGUAGACGGUGUAGCAGAUUCAAUAUUCAAUUGAUUUUAGAUUUAAAGACGAAGACGACUACGAGGACUAGAUUUAACUUAAAAGUUUUUUUUAGCGUGUUAUCAAUGAACAGAUACUCCGGAAAGUUUCACUUAACUUUUUUCACCAGUAACACGGUUAUUUUUAUUGGAGGAGGUUGUUAAAAUCCCUCUCUCGUUCGCAAAGUGAUAAAACUUCUAACCGAUAACUUGCUUCCGUCACUACGACGUGUUCGCUAAAACCCGUAGUAUGACGACGGCUACCAUGUUUUCCCGCCAAAAUGACGCUGGCUCACGCGCGCACUACCUGAUAUUGAGAAAAUCUCGUUCUCGUCUCAGAAUCUAAAGAUCUCUAAUGUACAUCCAAAAUGAAAAAAAUGCUGGCAUUGAAAACCAGCGUUGAGAGAAAAAUACUCAAGCUUCUUCGACUUUUCCACUAAUUUAACGUUGCUUGAAGUGAGAGGGAAGGGUUGAUGGUAUGCAUAUUAUUUCUAGGUAUGAGAUCGCAACUGUACCUUUACUUCGUUUUUGUAUUUUUUUUCUUUUUCAGCGGAGAAAUACUGCAAGCUUGUUCGUGACGAAGGCGGCAUGGAGCUAUUACAGGGUCUCACCGCAAAUCCAAACACGUCUCAGCGAGUCAGGGAGCUGUCCCAGAUGACCCUAGACAAGUGCUAUAAUAAUCUGGAACAUCUGGAAAAUAACGCUCAACAAACAACAUAAAAUAGUCAACUCAACUCAACUCAACAAUAGCCUAAACGAUUAAAAGCUCUCGUGAUGCACAUAAUAGUAAGAUUAAGAGAACAUCUUAUCGAAAAUAUCGUUGGCCUUUUAACUGAAGAUCAAUCAAAUUUCCGCUGCUAUGAAAAACACAUUGUUUGUGUCUGACGAUAGAUCGACUAAAUUUAGUCUUUUUGGUAACUCGCUCCUUAUAAACGAACAACAGCGAACCUCUCAAAAAAAAUUUAGUUAGGGUCGUAGGUGAGUUUUAUGCAGAAACUGCCUCCUAACCAGGCUACGACUGAGAGAACAGGGCUACCGAAGUUUGAAAAGGCGGAGGGGAUCGGGGCUUUGCGUUCGCCAACUUUCACUCUGAAGACUCGAACUCAGUCUACGCGAUAAUGUAAUCGUUGAAAGAAUAUGGGACCUGGGCGUGAGGCAGUGACGUCAUCAAUUUGUAGAUUAAGUUAUCAAUGUAUUUGGCGCGUUAGGUUUGUAAAUAUUUUGUAUGCACAGUACAGAC